CCCUCCUCCCACUACCACGAGUUUUUCCAGCGCUCAGCCGGGACGGUCACGGCGCAUGAGUGUGUUAGUUCUCGGAGGCACGUUGAGUUUGAUGCAGUGCCCGUUAGAUUAGGGUUAAACAUGUUGAAGAGCCACAGUAAAAAGACGCUGCUCUCCGCAGCCGGAGCCUCGCUCGCCUGCCUUGCGCUCGUGCUGGUGCUCGCCCAGCGCCAGCGGAGCGCGACCGAGGGCGCACCGGGGGACCGGGAGAGGGAGGUCGGCGUGCGCUCGCUCCAGAGCCUGGUGGACACCGGAGCGGAGGACGCGGCGCAGAGCGAGGAUCAGUCCGGGGAGAAGAGGGGGUUCUCGGCGUACUUCUCCAAGUUGACGCGCAGCAGGAGGGAAGCGGAGCGGCCUGGGGGCGCACGGGGGUCCGCGGCGACCAGCCCACCCCCAGCCGAGCUCAUUAGCAGUGAUGAUAUCUUCAUCGCGGUUAAAACCACCAAGAAGUUCCAUAAGUCCAGGCUGGAGCUGCUGCUGGACACUUGGAUUUCGAGGAACAAGCAGCAGACGUACAUCUUCACAGAUGGCGAGGAUGAGGAGCUGAAGCAGAAAAUGGGAAGCCACGUCAUCAACACCAACUGCUCUGCUGCCCACAGUCGCCAGGCCCUGUCCUGCAAGAUGGCCGUGGAGUAUGACAAGUUCAUUGAGUCAAGCAAAAAGUGGUUCUGCCACGUGGAUGAUGACAACUACGUGAAUGUGAAGACCCUGGUCCAGCUGCUGUCUCUGUACCCUCACACUCAGGACAUGUACAUAGGCAAACCCAGCCUGGACCGGCCCAUCGAGGCCACAGAGAGACUCGGGGACAACAAGAUGCGUCCUGUUAAUUUCUGGUUUGCCACCGGAGGAGCAGGCUUCUGUGUGAGCCGUGGUCUGGCUCUGAAGAUGAGCCCCUGGGCGAGUGGUGGUCAUUUCAUGAACACUGCGGAGAAGAUCCGCCUCCCAGACGACUGCACUGUCGGCUACAUCAUCGAGUCCGUUCUGGGGGUUCCGCUGACCCGCAGCAACCUGUUCCACUCACAUCUGGAGAACCUGCAACAGGUGUCCACAUCAGAAGUACAUAAACAGAUUACGUUGAGUUAUGGAAUGUUUGAGAACAAGAGGAAUAUCAUCAACAUGAAAGGGGCUUUCUCAGUUGAGGAGGACCCAUCCAGGUUUAAGUCAGUGCACUGUCUGCUGUAUCCCGACACGCCGUGGUGUCCUCCUCAGGUUGCUUUUUAAGGCGACCAGCUCCUCUCUUGUAUCCUCGUCUCAGCUGUGCCUCGGUAUCUGACAGGCACCUGGGACCGGUGUGGUUUUAGCCGUGUACUGCUGUGUUUUCGCUGCAGUGUAACUCGGCCUCUUAUGGUUUUUACUGGGCUGCUGUGCGGCCCGCCUUCGGACGCUUCCUUCCUGCCUGGUGCGGGGGCUUCCUGUCUGAACCCCCUGGGUGGGGCCCAGGGGGCUCUGCAGGAACAGGCUCUCGGCACCAGGCUUCGCAGGCAAUCAGCUGUGCUUUACGUCCUUCAUGUUGCUUGUAUUCCAUUUGCAAUUCUCAUAGAAUGUGUGUUUUAUUAUGUGUCCAAGCCGUUUUUGCCAGCUUUACAUGCUUAGUUUCUAUAUUUUUUUUGCCCCUUUUCCAAAAGUGAUUUGGGACAAGACUCCGGGGUCCCUUGAUUCAGAAAUCAGGAGUCCCAAGAUUCAGGGGUCCAUGAUUCAUUAGCUAUUGAUUCAGAAGUCAGGAUUCCAUGAUUCAGGAGUUCCUUGAUUCUGGAGUCCAUGAUUCAAGUUUCAGGACUUCUUUGAUUCAGGGGGUUCCUUGAUUCAAGAUUCAGGGGGUUCCUUGAUUCAAGAUUCAAGGGGUUCCUUGAUUUAAAGAGUCAGGAGUUUCUUGAUUCAAGAGUCAGGAGUUUCUUGAUUCAAGAGUCAGGAGUUUCUUGAUUCAAGAGUCAGGAGUUCCUUGAUUCAUGAGUCAGGAGUUCCUUGAUUCAUGAGUCAGGAGUUCCUUGAUUCAAGAGUCAGAAAUUCCUUGAUUCAUGAGUCAGGAGUUCCUUGAUUCAUGAGUCAGGAGUUCCUUGAUUCAAGAGUCAGGAGUUCCUUGAUUCAAGAGUCAGGAGUUUCUUGAUUCGAGAGUCAGGAGUUCCUUGAUUCAAGAGUUAGGAGUUCCUUGAUUCAAGAGUUAGGAGUUCCUUGAUUCAAGAGUCAGGAUUUCCUUGAUUCAAGAGUCAGGAUUUCCUUGAUUCAAGAGUCAGGAGUUCCUUGAUUCAAAAGUCAGGAGUUCCUUGAUUCAAAAGUCAGGAGUUUCUUGAUUCAAGAGUCAGGAGUUUCUUGAUUCAAGAGUCAGAAAUUCCUUGAUUCAAGAGUCAGGGGUUCCUUGUUUCAGGAGUCAGGAGUCCAUGAUUCAGGAGUCCUCCCUACUCAGGUUCAAUGGGCUUGACGGGGGAUUUAUUUUUUAAAAUAUUGGUGCUUUUAUAGAUUUUAAUUUGUUUUUCAUUAAGUUUCAAAGACUCCGGACAAAAAUUACGAAAUGAAGGUUAAUUAAAUAAUUCUGUUGUUUAGUUUCAUUUUCAGUUCCUAGUAUUUUAGCUUCAUUAUUGCUUUUAUGUAUAAAGAUUCUGAUAAUUUAAUAGGAUUAUAAUAAUUUGUGCUGGCAAUAGGCAAUUUUCCUCAUGUGCCUGCAGGUUUUUUGAAUCUGUGGUAUAUCAGGAUAGAGCACUUUUUUAUUCUUACAUUGCUGUUCUGAAAAUGAUGACUAUGAUGGGACUCAAAGCUGUGUGAUGUAACAUAAGCCCCCCCCCCGAGCCUUUAGAUUAUAUUAUAUUUAAUGCCAUUACUUGCAUUCAAACAAUCUUGGCAUAUAGUUUUAAUGAGAUUUUUGAUCUGGUCUGAUCUGAUCUCAUCUUGUUAGCUUUGUUAUGAGAGAUAUUUAACGUAGGGAUGCACCGAAAUGACCAUUUUCUGGCCAAAACCGAAGAAAAUCAAGCCUUUAAUUCAUGUUUUAAUAAGUAUGCAAUUUUUAUUUUCACCAUUGCAUACAGUUUUUUUUUUUUUUGCUUAAAAAAACGAAAAAGCAAUUACAAGUGUACAAUUUACAAAAUAUUUAUUGAACAAUGAACAUUUUAAACAAGCCAUCAAACCAUAAUACUGUUUGGUAUAAAUUGUCUUCACAUUUUUUUUUUCUAGAUAUUUUUUGCCAUUAUUUCGGUUGCCAAAUAUUCGGUGCAUCCCUAAUUUAAUGGGAAAUUGCACAGCUUGAUAUAUUUAAGCUGCUUGUUGCUCUUGAGAAGUGCCGUUCUCCUGCUCAUGUUUACACAUGCUUUGUGAACAGAACUGGCAGUGCAUCUUUCAUUAACCACUUGCUAUAAUGUGCACAAUAUGGCAGCUACAAUAUAUGGAAUAGACCUAUUGAUCUUUCUGAUGGUUAUAAUGGUUCUGCCAUGUUUCAGCUGACAGGAGUCACCUGGUUCCUUCCCCCGAGCAACAGCAGUGUCCAUUAUAUACAGAGUCUUUCUCUGUGUGGAGAUGACCCACAUUGGGUCGACUGUAUCUUAUUUAAAGCAGUAUUUAUUUACUGUGCCUUUUUUAAAUGAUUGUAUUUGUACAUUAUUUUGUUUAGAUGGUAUAUGCUUUUUUUCCACCUGUGAAUCAGACUUGGUUCUGAUGACUCUAAUGUUUUGUAUUGCUUUGAAUUUUGUGCUAAUGGCUGUAAUUUAUACUCCAGUAUCUGGAUUCUCCCGUUGUUCACAUGCCUGUCUCUCAGGGAUCAGUGUCCUGACUAAGUUACCACAGGUGCUUCUGUGGUAACUGUGCUUCUAGCUUUCAAAUAAAACAGCAUACUCGCUGAGAAACUUUA